AUGCCCCCGGCUCUUAUCUCCGCGCCCCGCGCGCGGCGCAUGACGCUCGACCUCCCCAGCUCGCCCAUCGACGUCCUGUACUCGACGGACCACAAGCUCGCCCUCGAGAGCACCUCGCCUAAGCCAUGUAUCGUGCCCGGGAACGCCCUCCACCUCAUCGACGAGGACCCCUCUGCGCCCCGCUCGGCGACCCCGUCCUCGCUCAUUAUUGUCGGGGAUGAAUCUGAGCAUGGCGCAGAGCCCGGGACCGAUGGGGACUUUGAGGGGGAGGGAGAGGACGAGGAGGGAGAGGGCGUGGGGCAAACGAGGAGCGCGUCGCAGCCGCCGACGGGGGAAGGGAAUGGCACGGUGCGCCCGCCAUUGCGGGUGCGCUUCCGCUCGCGGGUGCGCAUCACGUCAGGCACCCACCGAAACCGGCACCAUGCAAGCAUGGCGGGCGGCUCUACUCCAGGCUCAAGCACCUCAGACUCCCCUUCGUCGUCGAUCUCUGCACCACUGCGCUACCAGGCGGACGAUAAUGGGGCGUGGGGCCCGAUCGGGAAGCGGCUCAGCGCAUAUGCGGCGGCUGGCGGGGGAUGGCAAAGGAAGACUCAAGUCCAGUUGCAGACUACGGAGAGGCAGGCGAACGGGGCACAGAAUGGCGUGGGGAGAAGGCGAGGAGGUACGAAGGGUGCGAGAGGGUAUAACGAACGAACGCCGUUGCUUCGUCCUCCGGCUGGAGCGGUGCAUCCCGAAUCGGAGGACGAGGAGUCUCAGGCGAUGAGCGAGGACGAACGGACCAUGCGUGCAUCAGCGUUGCGGCGGGAGGAAGAAGCAGUAUUUGGAAAGUGGCCAUGGAGAAUAUUCAAUCGCCAUUGGUGGUGGUGGCACGUCGAGCCUGUACUAUGCUGUUGUUGUUCUGACGAUUCAGAUUACGAGGAGUUCUAA